CGUUCCCAUAUCCUGAUCUCGUACCUGACGUCGCUUCCUCUUUCUGCUCAUCAACUUCGAUGGAUGUGACUUGAGCGCCUACUACUUUCACAACCAACCCAACUCAACCCGAAUCAUACCAAUACACGCUUUCUGUGUCAAAUUCCUGAACCUCAAUUAUCUCGGAUCGCCACUUCACAAUGGUUGGAGCUACAGUACAAAUGCGCGAGGGCGCUGAGCUCGUCGGCGAACACGGCUACCGGUACCUUCUCGUCAAGCCUCUCGGUCAAGCCAACGUAUGGGUAGCUGUCGACGCGGCUUCCCAAUCGAAGAUCUUCAUCGUGAAGCAACCCGGAGACGAUGACGUCGGUUUUGGAUGGCCAAAGUUUCAACACGAGAUGAUCAUGCACGAGCUGCUGAAAGGCAUUCCCACAAUCCGACAACAAAUCGACCGCAUCCCACCAUCCGCCAGAGGCGAUCCGCCUCGAAUCGUCCUCGAGAUCCUUCAAUCGACUCUCUGGGAUGCGCGGAAGAAGCGCCAGUUCAGCGAUGUGGAACUCAAGGGUAUCAUGCGCUCGGCGCUGCUGGGCUUGCGAGAUGUGCAUCAACGAGGCUUGGUGUAUGCGGACCUGAAGAUGCAGAACAUCCUCCUAAGCGGCUUCGAAGACGAACCCAACAAGAAAGCCGCUGUUGGAGACGACCGCAUCACCGCCAAACUAGGCGACUUAGGAAUCGUCAUGGAGCCAGCAAAAGGCCUAGUCCAACCCAUCGUAUACCGCGCCCCCGAAGUCUACUUCCGCAACGAAAUCAAUCAGCCAGCCGACAUCUGGUCCUGGGGCGUCAUCUACUGCCAGCUCCUCGAAGCGCAAGCCUCCUUCAACAAAUACGGCAUCUACGACGAGCUCCUCCAAGGCAACACCGGCCAAGGCCAGAAAGAGCGUUCCGUCGAACGAGCUAUAGCGCACGACUUCGGUCUCAGCGCGUUGGAUUACUACGAAGGCUGUAGACUACCAUACCACGACCGAUCGCACCACGAAGGACAACACUGGGAGAGGCUCAUGAAAAAGGGUGUUCCGGAGAAAGAAAUCAAGUUUCUGAGCUGGGUUCUCAAUCCUGUUCCCACGGAUCGGCCCACAGCGCAGGAGAUUCUCGAUGCAGGCUGGUUCACCAUGGACACAGCGAAGACGAGCAAGAUCGCCGACAAGCUAGAGAAAUCCGCACAAGACAGCCGACGAAGAAAUAUCCAGCGCAAACGCAGUGAACCACUCCUAUCCACCUAUUCCACACCCACACAACAGUCUUCUGGCCUAUACACCCGCGAGCAACCCACAUCCUUCAGAAAUACCACAACUACAAAUCCGACAGCAUGGUCUCCGGCUGGUAUGCCAUGGCAACCCCAAUCUAGCCAAUCGUACUACCAUGCGCCGUCGUCACAAUCUCAAUCACAACCCCAACAACAACCUUCUUCCCAACAAGGUGGACCGCCGUAUCAACCCAUGUCCUUCAAACCUGUUACGGUACAAGCGAAAGAGGAAUUGGAUCACAAGGCUAGGCCGGUUACGCCGAGGUCUGCGACGCAGAAACCGAGUGGAAGUACGUUUUUGAACUUUGGGAGCUUUAUGCGGUGAGUGUGGGGUUUUCGUUGGGUGUGUUUGAGUGGAUGUAUGGAGAUUAGAGGGUGUAAGGGUGUGGUGGUUGGGUGUAGUAGAGUUUGGUGUAAU